UCACACAUGAGUAUGCUUCUGGAGCAUAUAUAAGAGGACCCAGGAAUUAAAUCUUAGGACUCAGGAAGAAAUAGUACCAUAAUGAUGCUGCCUCAAAACUCUUGGCAUAUUGAUUUUGGAAGAAGCUGCUGUCAUCAGAAUCUUUUGUCUACUGUGGUAAUUUACAUCCUGCUCCUGAAUUCCUGUUUUCUCACCAGUACUUUUGAUGGAACAGACCUGGAGUUGAGACUGACUGGUGGAGACAGUCCCUGCUCUGGGAGAGUAGAGGUGAAAUUCCAGGGAGAGUGGGGAACUGUGUGUGACGAUGGUUGGAACGAUGCUGUCAUGACUGUUGUGUGCAAACAGCUAGGAUGUCCGUUUUAUCAAACCACGCUUGGUCUUGGAAGAGCCAUGCCUGGACGUGGACAAAUUUGGCUUGAUGAUGUUUCCUGUUAUGGGAAUGAGUCAGCUCUCUGGGAAUGCCAACACCAGCAAUGGGGAAGGCAUGACUGUAGUCACGCAGAGGAUGCCGGCGUGGCCUGUUAUGACCAAACCAAUAUGGAUGUGAGGUUGUGGGGUGGAAGCAGCUCCUGCUCAGGGAGAGUGGAGGUGAAAUUCCAAGAAAGGUGGGAGAUUGUAUGUGAUAAUGGUUGGAACUUGAAUGCUGCUGCUGUGGUGUGCAGGCAACUGGGAUGCCCAUCUUCUUUCAUUUUUUAUGAAGCCAUUGCUAGCACAGUUACAUUUGUCCCCAUUUGGCUGCACGGUAUUUCCUGCCACGGGAAUGAGACAGCACUCUGGAAUUGCACGCGCGGUGGAUGGAGAUCUCGCUACUGCAGUAACCGUAAGGGUGUCGCAUUAACUUGUGAUGAUGGGACUGACCUCGGGCUACGGCUUGUGGGUGGAAGCAGGCGCUGUGUUGGGAGAGUAGAGUUGAAAGUUCAAGGGAAGUGGGGGACCGUCUGCCACAAUGACUGGAACCAUGCCGCUUCUGACGUAGUGUGCAAGCAGUUGGGGUGCGGACGCGCACUGCAUUUCGCUGGCUUUCCUCAUUUGGAAUCAGGGUCUGGCACUGUGUGGCGUAAUGUUUUCUCCUGCUCUGGUAACGAAUCUUUUCUUUGGAACUGCAAACGCGGAGCGGUAAAUGAUUUUUGUAAUCAUCAGAAGGAUGUGUCUGUGAUCUGCUCAGAUGGAGCAGAUUUGGGGCUGCGACUGGCAGAUGGAAGCAGCAAUUGUUCAGGAAGAGUGGAGGUGAGAGUGCAUGGACAGUGGUGGACAAUAUGUGACAAAAACUGGAAUAAUAAGCAAGCCUCUGUGGUUUGUAAACAGCUAGGAUGCCCACUUAGUGUCUCCAGCAAUCACUAUGCUAAACCUAGUAAGGAAUCUAAAGAAAUGUGGAUAAACAGCAUAUCUUGCACUGGAAAUGAGUCAGCUCUCUGGGACUGCAUAUAUGAUGGAAAAAGAAAGGCAAUAUGUCUCCAAAGAUCAGAUGCUGGAGUGCUCUGUUCUGAUGAGUCAGAUCUGGACCUCAGGCUCACGGGGGCAGAAAGUCACUGUUAUGGGAGAUUGGAGGUGAAAUACCACGGACAGUGGGGGACCGUGUGUCAUGACCUGUGGAGCACAAAGAAUGCAGCUAUUGUGUGUAAACAAUUGGGAUGUGGAAAUCCUGUCCCCGUGCUUGGCAUGACCCCGCUUACAGGAGCAUCAGGACCUAUUUGGCUGGAUGAUGUUUCUUGCAUUGGAAAUGAGUCAAACAUCUGGGACUGCAAACACCGUGGAUGGGGAAAGCAUAACUGUUUACACAGGGAGGAUGUGACUGUGAGCUGCUCAGGCAAUGAAACGUGGAGCCUGAGACUGGUGGAUGGCCCUAACCGUUGCUCAGGAAGACUGGAGGUGAAGUUUCAAGAACAAUGGGGCACAGUAUGUGAUGACAAUUGGAAUAGUGAUAAUGCAGCUGUGGUGUGUGGCCAACUGGAUUGUCCAUCUUCUAUCAUUGUCAUGGGUCUGGGAGGUGCUUCUGUGGGAUCUGGAAAAAUUUGGCUUGAUGAUGUUUCCUGCUAUGGGGACGAGUCAGCUCUCUGGUCAUGCAGGCAUGGUGGAUGGGGCAGGCAUGACUGCAGACACGAGGAAGAUGUUGGAGUGACCUGUUCUGAUGAAUCAAAUGUGGAACUGAGGCUUGUGGGUGGAAGCAGCAGGUGUGCUGGAAGAGUCGAGGUGAAAGCCCAGGGUACGAUGGCAACCCUGUGUGAUAACAGCUGGAGAAUGAACGUUGCUAAAGUUAUUUGCAGGCAACUUGGAUGUGGGUCUGCAAUCAGUGCCUCCCUAGAGCCUAAUUUCACAGGGGACACAUUACUCAUGUCCCAUUUUCAAACUAGCUGCACUGGAAAUGAAGCCUCCCUCUGGGACUGUAUACACUGGAGGUGGUCACGGUGUUUUCCUAAUAUGGAAGUUAAUUUGAUCUGCUCAGCUCACAGGGAGCCUAGGCUGGUUGGAUCUGACGGUCCCUGUCUUGGACGUGUUGAAGUGAAACAUGCAGGCACAUGGAGCUCUGUCUGUGAUUCCGACUUCUCUCUCUCUGCUGCCAAUGUGCUGUGCCGAGAAUUAAAUUGUGGAGAGGCCAUAUCUCUUUCUGUGGGAGCUCACUUUGGACAAGGGAAUGGCAAAACUUGGGCUGAAAAGUUCCAGUGUGAAGGGAAUGAAACUCAUCUUGCCCUAUGCCCCACAGUGCACCAUCCAGAAGACACCUGUCACCAUGGCAGAGAAGUUGGAGUUGUCUGUUCUCGGUAUAUAGAUGCCCGACUUGUGAAUGGCAAAACCCACUGUGAGGGGCAAGUGGAGAUCAAGGUGUUUGGAAACUGGGGCUCCGUCUGUGACACCCACUGGGACCUGGAAGAUGCCCAUGUCCUAUGCAGGCAGCUCAGCUGUGGGUUUGCUCUCUCAACCACAGGAAAAAAAUAUAUUGGAGAAGGAAAAGGUCAUGUUUGGGGGCACAAGUUUCAUUGCUUAGGGAAUGAAUCACUUCUAGAUAAUUGUCCAAUGACAGUCCUUGGAGCAACUCCCUGUACCCAUGGAAACACUGUCUCUGUGAACUGCACAGGAAACCAGACCCAGCUACGGUUCCCAUGCCCUGCAAAUCUAUCUCACCCAUAUUUACCUGCUAUUCGAGAAGAUGGUGCUUUCAUCUGCUCAGGGAGCCGACAGCUCCGCCUGGCGGACGGGGGCAGUCGCUGCGCCGGGAGAGUGGAGAUCUACCAUCAGGGCUCCUGGGGCACCAUCUGUGACGACAGCUGGGACAUGAGCGAUGCCCACGUGGUGUGCAGACAGCUGGGCUGUGGACAGGCCCUGGACGCCCUGGGCUCUGCUCACUUUGGGGAGGGGGCAGGGCCCAUCUGGCUGGACGACGUGAACUGCACAGGGAAGGAGUCCCACGUGUGGAAGUGCCCUUCGCUGGGCUGGGGGCAGCACGACUGCAGGCACAAGGAGGACGCGGGGGUCACCUGCUCAGAAUUCACAGCCUUGAGGCUCCACAGUGAAACUGAGAUGGAGAGCUGUGCUGGGAGGUUGGAAGUCUUCUACAACGGGACGUGGGGCAGUGUCGGCAGGAGGAACAUCACUGCAGACACAGCAGGGGUUGUGUGUAGGCACCUGGGCUGCGCAGAGAAUGGAGUUGUCAGCCUCGCCCCUUCAAACAAGGCAGGCUCUGGUUUCGUGUGGGUGGAUGACGUUCAGUGUCCUAAAAUGCAUAUCUCCAUAUGGCAGUGCCCAUCUGCCCCAUGGGAGCAGAGAAUCUCCAGCCCAGCAGAAGAGACCUGGAUCACAUGUGAAGAUAAAAUAAGAAUUAGAGGAGGAGCCACCAAGUGCUCUGGGAGAGUGGAGAUCUGGCACGAAGGCUCCUGGGGCACGGUGUGUGACGAUUCCUGGGACCUGGCAGAGGCAGAGGUGGUGUGUCGGCAGCUGGGCUGUGGCUCUGCUCUGGCUGCCCUGGGGGAAGCGGCAUUUGGCCCGGGGACUGGACCCAUCUGGUUGGAUGAGAUGCAGUGCAAGGGAAACGAGUCAUUUCUGUGGCACUGCCACGCCAAACCCUGGGGCCAAAGUGACUGUGGACACAAGGAAGAUGCUGGUGUGAGGUGCUCUGGACAGUUGCCAAAGUCACUGAACACCUCAGGUCAUUCAGCACUUAUUUUAUCUUGUAUCGUGGGGCUCAUUCUCCUGGCUCUGUUUGUUCUAUUUCUCCUACGGUUUCAAGUACAGAAACAAAAACAUCUGCCCCAGAGAGCUUCAUCAAGAAGAAAGGAUUCUCUAGAGGAGACCCUGUUCCACGAGAUGGACACCUGCCUCAACAGAGAGGAGCCGCGUCAGACAGGAACCUCAGACGACAGUGUCACCCAUGGUUGUGAAGAUGCUGGCCACAUAGCACUGCUGGAAGUUCUUCCUGCCUCUGAAGCCAUGAAAUAAAUGACUUUGGCUUCCAAGGACCCCCAGAUCAGCCUCUAAAUGUCUUUGAAGGAGACAGCAACUUUUAAAUGAGUGAAGAGGAAGUCAAAUUACAUUAUGAAAAGUUGGUUCAACCAAUAUUUCCUAAAGAAUAGGAGAGCAGCUCAAUUGAUAAAGACUGGUGGUAUUAAAUAAUAAAAGUUAGAUUAUGUGUA